AUGAAACCGCUUACCUUUUUGGGUGGCAUUGAACCGUUAAAAGCAGAAACAUGGUUGCUUGAAAUGGAGAAACUGUUUGAAGUAUUCCCUUGCUUUGAAAUUCAAAAAGUCCUUCUGGCCACCUACACUUUGAAAGAUGAAACCCGAAGGUGGUGGUUACUAAUCCGAAACAGUAAUGGGAAUAUGACGUGGGCACAAUUUAAUUCGAUCUUCUAUGAUAAAUACUUCCCUCAAUGUUUUCGGGAUUGGAAAGUUUCUGAAUUCCAAGAACUUAAACAAGGCAGGAUGUCUGUGUCCGAGUAUGAAGCCGAAUUUACUGAGUUGGCUCAAUUUGCUCCACAUAUGGUGGAUAUUGAUUACAAGAAGGCACGAAAAUUUGAAGGCGGACUGGAUCUGGAAGUGUUUGACCGAGUAGGCGUCUUGAAAUUGCCUACCUAUGUGAAAGUUUUAGACAGAGCGAUAAUGACGAAAGCCACAAUAGUAACAAUGAAACAAGCCAAGGCACUAACAACAGAAUGA